GCACCAUCCCAGAGCAGCUAUCCCCAGCCAAGCACUGUCAGGGGCUGCUUUCUGUCUGGAAGGCCUGAGGACAUUGACAUAGAAGAUGUGCGAGGAAGAGGACAGCACUGCCCUUGUUUGUGACAAUGGGUCAGGGCUUUGUAAAGCUGGCUUUGCUGGAGAUGAUGCUCCAAGAGCUGUUUUCCCUUCCAUUGUGGGUCGUCCCAGACACCAGGGUGUGAUGGUUGGUAUGGGUCAAAAAGACAGCUACGUAGGUGACGAAGCUCAAAGCAAGAGAGGAAUCCUGACCUUGAAAUACCCCAUAGAACAUGGUAUCAUUACAAAUUGGGAUGACAUGGAGAAGAUCUGGCAUCACUCCUUCUAUAAUGAGCUCCGUGUUGCACCUGAAGAACAUCCAACUCUACUGACUGAAGCACCACUGAACCCCAAAGCCAAUCGAGAGAAAAUGACCCAGAUUAUGUUUGAGACCUUCAAUGUGCCAGCCAUGUAUGUAGCUAUUCAAGCUGUUCUGUCCCUCUAUGCCUCUGGACGUACCACAGGGAUUGUGCUUGAUUCUGGAGAUGGUGUCACCCACAAUGUGCCAAUUUAUGAAGGCUAUGCCUUACCACAUGCCAUCAUGCGUCUGGACCUGGCUGGCCGUGACCUUACAGACUACCUCAUGAAAAUCCUGACAGAACGUGGCUACUCCUUUGUGACCACUGCGGAGCGUGAAAUCGUCCGUGACAUCAAGGAGAAGCUGUGUUAUGUGGCCCUGGACUUUGAAAAUGAGAUGGCCACUGCUGCCUCUUCCUCCUCUCUGGAAAAAAGCUAUGAGCUUCCUGAUGGUCAGGUGAUCACCAUUGGAAAUGAACGCUUCCGCUGCCCAGAGACUCUCUUCCAGCCAUCUUUCAUUGGCAUGGAGUCUGCUGGCAUUCACGAAACCACUUACAACAGCAUCAUGAAGUGCGACAUAGACAUCAGAAAGGAUCUUUAUGCCAACAAUGUGCUGUCUGGAGGCACUACAAUGUACCCGGGUAUUGCAGACAGGAUGCAGAAGGAAAUAACUGCUCUGGCUCCCAGCACUAUGAAGAUCAAGAUCAUUGCUCCUCCUGAACGUAAGUACUCCGUCUGGAUUGGAGGCUCCAUCCUUGCUUCCCUGUCUACUUUCCAGCAGAUGUGGAUCAGCAAGCAGGAAUAUGAUGAAGCUGGCCCAUCCAUCGUUCACCGCAAAUGCUUUUAAAUUGCCUUAUCUUUUUCUCCUUAGUGUAUCACUGUGAAUGCGUUCAGGAAAAUACAUUCUUACAAUUUCAUUCCAUAAAUCCUUCAUCGUAAUUACUCUAAUUAAUUGGAGA